UUUUCGCCGUCUCACUCCUGAUCAGUCUGUUGGCCUCAAGUACGCUGGUAUGGUGAUAACACUCCAUAAAGUUGUUAAGGAUUCCAGUGGGAAAGUGACAGAGUUGUUAGUGAAUUGUGAGUCAACAGAAACUGCACCAAAACCAAAGGCUUUCAUUCACUGGGUAUCUUCACCUCUGAAAUGUGAAGUCAGACUUUAUGAAAGACUAUUCAAACACAAGAAUCCAGAAGACCCAGCAGAAGUACCAGGUGGUUUCAUAACAGAUUGCAACAAGGAUUCUCUUACUGUAAUCCCUGAUGCUCUUGUGGAACAAACUGUCAAACAGGCAACUGUCUAUGACAAAUUCCAGUUUGAAAGGAUUGGUUUCUUUAGUGUUGAUCCUGACAGCAGUAAAGACAAGCUGGUGUUCAACAGAACAAUCUCUUUGAAAGAAGAUCCUGGCAAACUGUAGUUGGAAAACAGAAUAUACUUCUAUCAAUGAAUACUAUUCAAAUAAUAUAGUGCCAAGACUUUCUAGUGACCAGUACCCAGCCAUAGCGAUUCAAAUUCCCUCAGAGUACCUCUCUACAACCACAUUCAUUUAUCAUUAUUCUAAACCCUUUAGUCCCUAAGAGUGACUAGCAUCUAAAUUCUCCUUACAAUAUCACCCCUGAAUCAAACAUGAAAGUUAUGAGAAUAGAGGAGAUGAUCACCAACUAAAGCAGCUCUUGAUUGUUACACAAAUUCUCCUUGUCAGCCUCUUUGGAAAUGUAUAGAGAACAGUAUGGAGAAUAUGCAUACUGAUAUUAGGAUGUAAAUGGUUAAUUUAGUGCAUGUCUCAGGCAGAUUACUUGGUUUUGAACUUUUGGAACUAGGAUAAAAUCUAAAAUAAAAUAAAUUGUUGGAGACUUAACAAUCCAAAUUCUACUAUGUCAGAGAUUUGAAAUUCUGAAUGUGUACCUUGGAUAUGGCUGGAAUAUUUCCUUCACUCCCAGAGGGACCUUCUUUUAACAUAGCUUUUGUAAGCAAUAGAUCACCCUUUUUAUUGGUUUACCAGAAUAAUAACCUAUGCAGGAUGUUGGGAGAACUUAAAAAAAAAGGUUGGAAAACAUGUCUUGAGUGUCCAGCUCAUGAUUUAUAAACUUUUACCAACUUCCCAAGUUAGUCAUCACGCUGGUGAAAUGGUACAAAAUUGUGGUCUAUUAUUAGCGGUGAUUGCUUUAUUCAUAAAAUAAACUUGAAGGGUCGCUUAGUUGCUUAAGGUCUAACCCAAACCACGGUUUUACUCAACCAGUGGGCCUUAGGUUUUCUCUAUAAUGUUAAAUAAAUGCCCUUCCACUGUUAGCUUUUGACUCUUUUGACAAUGUUCACAAAAGUAAUUGUUCAGAUGAAAGUUUCAGCUUGAUUGAGGAUUGUUUAGGAUGCAGUUUUGUUGAACAACCAUUUUACUUUGUUUAAAUAAUUAGAUAAAAUGUCUCAAUUCUCUAUUAUGGGCUUAUCGCUGCAAUAAUUGAUAGAUCUUUGACCAAUUAAGGCUCUUGUAGUAUGUCAGCUAUUGUUUAAAAAAUCUCGACAUAAAAAAGGCAUAACAUGUCUUUGAGUACUAGUAAAUGUUGCAGUAACAUAUAGCUAUAUAGUUUACUUUAUAUCAUGGCCUCCUAGUGGACUUCUCAACUGAGUUACACAAUGUGACUUUCUCAAACCUUUGACACUAAGUAUCAGUUUUUCUGUUUUAUGUAGUCUCACAAAAUGCCUUUCUUCUGAGUUUCCUUUAGUUAGUAACAUUAAUGAUAUUAAUAUUUACUAUUCCUUUUAGUACCUAUUUCAAAGAGUUUUGUGCUUUCUGAAGCAAACAAUAAAGGUCACUCACAAUAUUUUAUACUUUGGAUACUUAGAAAAACAACAUUCAUGUUUUUAUAAAAGCAACCUGGCAACUAUUUUGUUAGAUUUCCCAGUAACAAUUAAAAUGGAAAUUCUGUUAAAAUCUCCUGAACAUCAUACCUGUGAGGAA